CCGUUGUGAGUUCAGUUUAACGAAAAAUAUCCAAGGAAAUGGAUGUACUGCGUUUAAUUGAGGAAGUUCGUCAGCGACCAGCGCUGUGGGACACAACAAUGGGGGAGAGAAAACGGCGUCCUUAUAUAUACGGAUUGUGGCAAGAAGUGGCCAAAGCUGUUGGUAGUGAUGCCGAAAAAUGCAAACAGAAAUGGAAGAAUUUUCGUGAUACCUAUCACUCUGAGGUUAGACGUGUCGAACGACAAAUAAUGAGACACAAACUAAUGAGCAAGUAUGAUCCGAACCACGACUACCGAAGUAAAUGGGCCUACAUGGAGGCGAUGAGUUUUAUAACUAAAUGCAGGCGACCGUAUAAGUCAUCGGGUGGUGAAAACGAGUGCACAAGUUCCAAUGACGAGAACCCGGUGAGCAAUUCCACAACUGGCAUACGUCGGUCACAGCGAAGAGUUGGAGAGAGUAACGACAAUGCAACUUCGUCAGCCAUUGGCGGUAUGGAUGAUGGCGAAGAUGAUGAUGACGAUGACGACGCCGAUAUGCUGUUUGAGGAAUUUCAAAGUAUUGCCACACCACAGGCAGCUAGGCGUCUGUCAGCUACGUUGUCGCUAACGAACUCACUUGAGCAGACACUCUCGAAUAGUUCGGUAGAAGCACCAGACACCAAGUUAUUGAUGGAACCCAGCACAUCUACAGCCGCGGAUGGCCAAAGAAAAGACUGUUGCAAAACGGCAACCCAAGCUCACAGUGAGGAUCGUGUACAUUUUCUGGAAGAUCUCGAAAAACAAGAACAGCAACUUAUUAAAUCCACCAAACAUGACAUCAGUCGAGCUCUCAGUCACAUUGGCGACUCGGAUUAUAAUUUUCUGGUUAGUUUUUUGCCACACAUGAAGAAAAUGACAGAUUUACAAAAUCUACAAUUUCGUGGACGAAUGUGUGAUUUGGUCUUGACAUCAUUGGCGCCCAAUGCAGCUCAACAUAAUUCGGCAGCAUCACUACCAUUGCAACCAGAAUUGGCGCCCAAUGCAACUCAAGAUUACUCUUCAGCACCAGCAUCACUACCAUUGCAACCAACAGCCAGCAUUAUUAAAGUGGAGUGUAUUAAUAAUAAAAUCCAAGCUUCAGAACAUCCAGAAUCGCCAACCAGUCAAGAUGCAAAUGCAGCCAAUGGUAAUGAAAUUGACAACGAACUGGAGUUCUUUUGAAAUCAAUUGAUGACUGAACGUAUGUUUUUAAUACUAAACUAAAGUGAAUUUAUGAAUUUUAUAUUAACCUUAUAAGUAAAUAUUUUGUGAUUUGAUUUGAAAUGUUAGUAUUGUAACUCAAGGUCAAAGAAUAGGUCACACAAUAGGUUCAUCUGACUAUUAAUGUUGCUGUCAAUAUACGUUUUUGUGAUUAGAUUUCAAAGUGAAAAUUUAGUUGGAAGUUGGUCGAAAUAAUUUAUUUACAGCGGCUGAAAAGUUUUGAUACUGAAAUGGGGAAUAAUUUCAUUAAUAUGCCUACUGUGUGACCUACUCAUAGACCUUGAUUGUAGCUUUAAGACCGAAAGGCCACAUUUGAUAUAUAUACAAAAAAAAUUGCAAUAAAAAAUCUGAUUCGAUCUCUUUCCUUAAAAAA